CAUAAAAUUAUGUACUGCUUAUCACUAUUUUCGUGCAAUACCGCUUAAAAUAUGUAGAAUAAAAUAAGAAAAAAAUGAACUUAUCAGGGUUCCACUUUAUCAUAUGUGUGUAUGCCUAAGCCUGUUAUGCCUAACAUUCCGAGGGAAGACUUGGAUAAUCCGGUAAUCGUGUCUAACCCAUUGGGACACAUUCUGCGACUCACCCAUGUGUAUCACGACUGCCCAUUGGUUGUCCAGGGAAAGACCUUCCCUGCAAGUCUCAUUGAGCUUCCACAUCGUGAGUUUGACGUUAUUCUAGGCAUGGAUUGGCUAACUGCCAACCAAGCCGUUGUUGACUGUGGAGCGCAUACUGUUCGGCUGAGAGCCCCAGACAGUAGCGACAUUCUGAUCCGGGGUGAGCUUCUUCCGAAAGCUCUAGUGAUGCAUGACGGAUAUUGGCUUCCCAUCGAUGUUUGGAACUUACCCAUCGCUGGCUCCUGGUACGAACCACCUUACUGCCGUGACUACACCCUGUUUGCUGAAGAACAAAUUGAAGCAAACAAGGUGGCAAUUCGAGAAAGAGCAAAACUUCUUGAAUCACUCUGGAAGGAAAAGGAGUUCGAAAGGAGAUUAUGCGAAGGAUCAGAAAUGAUGCAGAAAAUUUUGGACGACUAUCAAAGAGAGAGACUAGAAGCUGAGGCUAAAGCUGAUAAAUUAGUCAAUGAUCUCUGCAAGACUGUUGAACUAAAACGCUCCCUCCAAUCUCAAGAUCAAAUGAGGGAGAUUAAUGUUCAAAAAGAGGCUCUAGAACCUAAGACCAAUCCUGAACCCAUCAACCAUCAGGUUCCGGUUCUAGAAGAUUCACUCAGUUCUACACCAUCAAAGAAACCCGAGAGCAUAACAACUCUCGCUAGGGCUACUGUGGUGAUGUUACCUGAAUCUCUUCUUAGCCAAGUCCCAACCAGCAUAGUCGUACAUGAGUUGGAACCAACUGAGGGAGUUGAUUCAGAACCACCUAAGCUCAUUCACGAACAGAAGGAGGAGGGAGUUUUGCCUCUGGCAAUAAACGACCAUCUCCUUAAUUGUGUUGAAGACACACCUCCAGAGGAACCUGUUCUGGAGGAAGUAGGGCCCAUUACCUGCCCCCAAGAUUCCAUCGAGUCCGAGCAGGAAUCUACAGACGAGGAAAUACUUUGCAUAGAAAAGCCAAUUCCGUAUAUAGAAACCUUUGCAAAUAAUGAUUCAUCUGAAGUUUCAGACCAUACGUUCUUUGAUUCCUUACUUGAUGGGUAUGACUACGUUUGCCCGAAGGAUAGUUGGAACCAAACCAGUUGGGACGAACUUCUACAGAGUGACAUCGAGGACUCUUUCAUGGGGGAAAGCACAGUCGUAAUCAUCAAACCACAAAUGGAUAGUCAGCCAAUUGAAGAUAAGGAAGAAAUCAAUCUCGCUAUGAAGGCCAAUGAUGUGGAUCUACUGAGGAGAUUUCCGCCAGCACCGAUCAAUACAAGGUCUCUUCCAUAUAACCUGUUGCCACCAAGCCACAGGGAUGAGUCAAGGAUCCUGGACCUUGACCGAACAAAAAUUCAAACAAGAUGGGAGACCUGUAGGGAUACCUUGCAGAGGAAGCGAAGAAGAGGUCCUGCACGUGCAGUAAACACAAAGGUUGGCCGGGAUAGCUCAGGCGUCCAGAUAUGGACGCUUGGACUUGGAAGCUUUGACGUGGACGCCUUGGCUCUGUUCCUAUAAAUACAGCCUGAUCCCUCUCAUUUUAAUCAUCCAACUUCAUCCCAACUUCGGGAUUUACUCUUCCAAUCUCCAUUAUAGUUUGUAGUAUAGUUGUAGUAGUUAGUUUUGAAGUAUUUUCGGAGGUUUUGACUCCAGAUCUGUUCUGUUCCGCUUUUAAGGAGGUUGUAAGUUUUUCCAAUUUAAUAUAAUGUUGUUUUAAUUAUUUUGCAUAGUAUGAGUUAGGGUUCAGACCCCUGGGUCCGGACUAGUUUGGUUGUAUACUUUUAAUAUUAAAUUAAUGUUGGAAUGGUUAGUAAAUUGCUCUUUCCUUA